AAUUACGGAGCGUUACCAAUAAUUAAAACCCGCGCCCAUCGCACCAAAACGCUCUCAAGGUUCAAAAACAAAAGUUGAAUCCUUUUUUUCUGGUUUUUUCUUCGCGUCGUAUCGUAAGUAAGAGGAGAAGAAAGAUCCAUCUCUCUUGGAAUCUAGAGACUUUCUCGAUUCUUGAGUCACAUCUUCGCUAUCAGACACUGAGGGAUCAAAAAUGGGGAGAAACCUGGGUUCAGCAUUUAGACAAGAGUUGGCUAAUCUCGACAAAGAUCCAGAUACUUACAAGACUGCAAUGAGCAACUUGAGAACCAUUGUGAAAGACUUGGAUUCAAAAGUGAUACAUGCGUUUCUCACUCAAGUCUCUGAAACAAAAGAGAUCGGUUCUGACUCUGGCGGUGGCUACACGGUCUCUCUCUUUGAAGACCUCGCACGUGCUCACGGAGUCAAAAUCUCUCCCCACGUGGAAACGAUCAUGCCGGUUAUUGUAAGGACGUUGAGCUCUUGUGGAGGUUCCUUAAGUGUCCAACAGGCUUGCUCAAAAGCUGUAGCUGCUAUUGCUAGAUACGGGAUCGAUCCUGCAACGGCGGAAGAUAAGAAAAGAAACGUGAUCCAUUCUCUCUGCAAACCGCUCUCUGACUCUCUUAUAGACUCACACCAUCAGCAGCAUCUCGCUUUGGGGGCUGCUCUCUGCUUGAAGUCGCUUGUUGACUGCGACAGCUGGCGUUACGCUUUUAAUGAGAUGGUUAACAGCGUUUGUCAGAGCUUAGCCGUUGCUCUCGAAGCCACUUCGAGCGAAGCCGAGUCUCAUCUGGCGCUUGUGAUAGCUCUCGCUAAGCGCAAUGCCUUUAUUGUGGAGGCGUACGCGAGGCUUUUGGUGAAGUCGGGGCUGAGGAUUCUGGAGUUGGGUGCUGUGGAGGGUGAUGCUCAGAAACGGGUUUUGGCUGUGCAGAUGCUCAACUUUUUGAUGAAGUAUCUGAAUCCCAAGAGUAUAUCUUCUGAGGUGGAGCUUGUGUUGCAAGAGUUAGGGAAACACGUGGAUGAUGAGAUGUAUUUCGUUAGAAGGGCUGUUCAUGAGACGUUGAGUACAGCGGAGAGAUUGAUAAAAGAGGCUGAUCCAUCAGUGAAGUCUACACCAAGUCUGAGAAAUGGUGUGUCAGGCUCUCCUUUGGUGACUUAUGGUGUUGAAGAUGAUGGUAACAUGGAGUUUAACGAAUCAGUUUGCUCUAGGACCAGUCGACCAAGAAGUUCAAGACGAAACAGGAAGAAGAAGAGGCGGUCAGAACGUAGCAGGCACGGUUUCACGCAAGAUUCAUUCACUGUACUGCUGGAGAACAGAGAGCAGCUGCGUCAGUACAGCGAGAGCUCAUCAUCAUCAUCACCGAUACAUGAGAGAUCUGGUACUACUACUCCAACAGAAGACAUCUGCGAGAAACCAAAGUCAGAGGCUAGAGUUGGGACUGAAGAGAUUGUAACAGAGUUAACAAGACGGGACAGGAGCAAGAAGAAGAGUGUGAUGAGAUGGGGUUUGAGUUUCUUCUCUGUUGUAGUUGUAGGGUUUGCUUCAUUCAUGUGGGUGCAUCUGCGAGAUGAUAUUAUGAUGAUGCCUCCUCAUCUUGUUCCUACAUGAAGCGUACCUAAGUGAUGGGACCUAGA